GUCAGAAGACGCACACGUGAAGAGACUUCAUGUCCCGUGAUGCUUAGCGGUUUGAAUGGUUACAGGGCAGCGUCCACGGAAAGUUCUUUUAUUUAGAGUUUUUAAAGAAAUGCAUCGAUAGCGAUAGUGAUGGAGCAGCACGAAUAACCCCUGCUUCGUCUAAGGACUUCGUACGCCUCAGGAGUCUAACAAAGACGAAUUCCGGGGUUAAAAGUUGAGUUCAGAAGUCAGGAGAGAGUUGGCGAAGGAGUUUGGAAAUGGAUAAAAGCCGAAAUGGCCAACACGCGCAAACUCUACCUACACAGUUCAUGGAAUCCACAUACAGAACCCUGACUUUAUUUAGCAGGAAGGCGAAACAGCGGCAGAUAGACAAGCUGGAGGCGAAGGAGGCCUGUGACUGGCUCAGAGCAGCAGGGUUUCCUCAGUAUGCUCAGCUGUAUGAAGCCUCUCUGUUCCCCAUUGAGAUCUCUGCUGUGAGGAGAGACCAUGAGUUUCUGGAUCACGACUCUCUCAAGGCAUUAUGCAGGAGGCUAACGACCCUGAACAAAUGUGCUGCGAUGAGCUUAGAGGUUCAUUUCCAGUGUAAACAGCAGAGUGAGGACUCGGACGAGGAUGACUCAUGUGCCCUAAGCUCCCGCUGGGCAUUUCAGCGUGAGAGUAAAACUUGGUCCCGUCUCUGCACUCUCUCACCGUCCCCUGUACCCCCUGGAAACCUGGCCUCAACCUUCCGACCCUCAGGCAGUAGUGACAGCGUGUUGAGUGACAUUAGUCUCCUAGAAGUCACCUCGCUGACCUCCGACCUCAGUGCUAGCAGUUUGAGCCUAGACAGUGCACGGGAAACUACUUCUCCAGAGGUUGCAGCUUUUAGUGACAUCACAGUGGGUGAAGGUGCAUCGUUAGUUUGCGUCUCAACAGGCCAAGAUGAAAAGGACGACACCGGAUCCUCUUCUUCUUUGCCGUCCGUAAGAGAGAAGCCGAAGCGUCGAUCUAGAUCUUUUUUAAGGAGGAAGGAAUCAGUAAAGAAGCGGGAUUGCGAGAGAGAGACCAUUCCUAAGAGCAUUUCAAAGGUAACUCAACACCAGCCAGACUACCAGUUAACCAGUCAAAUCAACCGUCAGAGGAAAGAGGAUCGUUUGGUCCACCUGCCCUUUGACCACAAGCCUGGAACUUUCCCCAAGUCUCUCUCAAUUGAAAGUCUCUAUCCGCUCUCUGUUUCUCAAAGUCCUGACCAUAUUGACUGGGCAGGAGAUGAUGGAGACCUGUCUUUGGAUGGAAGUGAUAGUCGCAGUGUGUCGCAAUAUUUUCUCUCAGGUUUUGGGAGGAGGAGGAACUCUCUGAGCUCAAUUGGAAGCAUUUAUGACAAUGUCCCAGAGACACCAGGCAGUCCAUGUGACAUCUUUGACCCUGGAAAAGAGAAAGUUUUCAAGCAUCUAGAUGACAUUCUACAGCAUGUACAUGGGCUACAGCAAAACAUUGAUGAAUGGUCGCGCUCGCUCGGCAUUCAAACACAAGACCAAUCAAAUGUGGAGACAGAAUCCACAGCGGACACAACUUUGCCCAGCAGUCUGAACUAUGAUGAGCAAUCAAUGUCUGAUGUCGGGACAACAGUGAGCGAUUAUGAUAGUCCAGGAAACUCCGUCAAUGAAGGAGAAGGAGGAAUGAGAGAGAGGAGGGACUCGGGGGUGGGGGCAUCACUCACAAGACCCAGCAGAAAGUUGCGCUGGCACAGUUUCCAGAACUCUCAUCGUCCGAGCUUGACCUCAGCAUCUUUAGAAAUCAACAGGCAGUCAGCUGCCCAACUCAACCUGCUGCAGAAAUUCAGCCUUUUACGACUGACCGCCAUCCUGGAGAAACACACAGACACCAGCAAACACGGCUGGAAUUGGGUGGUCCCAAAGUUUAUGAAGCGUUCCAAAGUUCCAGAUUACAAAGAUAAACACGUGUUCGGAGUUCCGCCAAGCGUAAACGUUCAGCGAACUGGUCAGCCUCUGCCUCAGAGCAUCCAGCAGGCGAUGAGAUACCUACGCAGCCAGUGUCUAGAGAAGGUGGGAAUAUUCCGGAAAUCAGGGGUUAAAUCCCGAAUCCAGGCCCUCAGGCAGCUCAAUGAGAAUUCCCCCGAUCAUGUGACCUACCAGGGCCAAUCAGCUUAUGAUGUGGCUGACCUGAUUAAACAGUACUUUAGGGAUCUGCCUGAACCCGUGCUCACCUCCAAACUUACAGACACUUUUCUGCAUGCGUACCAGUUCGUUCCAGCGGAGCAGCGUUUACAGGCCGUGCAAGCAGCUGUGAUUCUGCUGCCAGAUGAGAACAGAGAGGUUCUACAGACAUUGCUCUAUUUCCUCAGUGACAUUGCAUCUGCACAGGAAAACCAAAUGACUGCGGAGAGUCUGGCAGUCUGUCUCGCACCCUCCAUACUGCACCUGAAUGCCUCCAAGAAAGAUGGCGCUUCACCAAGGCUUAUGAGCAGGAAGGGAGGAGCCAAGCCAGACCACAAGGACCUGACUGAGAACAUGGCUGCCACACACUGUCUUAGUCACAUGAUCACUGAAUGCAAGAAACUAUUCCAGAUCCCGCAUGAAAUGAUGCUUCAGUCUAGGAAUUCUUAUGUGGCUGCUGACGCUCAGCCGCUGCCUCUGCAUGGGCUCGGGGUGAAUGCCCUCGGCGAGCCCGUGGAUUACCGGGUAUACCUAGAAGACAACAUUCAGUGUCUUCUCAGAGAGGCAUCUGAGCGCAGUAAAGGCUGGCACCAUGCCCACGGCCCCGACAACACUGAGCUGACUUAUAAAAAGGUAGGAGACGGGCACCCGAUGCGUUUAUGGCGUGUUUCGGUGGAGAUGGAGGCUCCGCCAGCUGUGGUGCUGCAGCGCGUUCUGCGAGAGCGCCACCUGUGGGAUGAAGACCUUCUGCACAGUCGAGUCAUUGAGACUUUGGAAAACAACACAGAGGUUUUCCACUACAUCACAGACAGCAUGGCUCCACAUCCUCGUAGAAACUUUAUAGUGCUCAGACGUUGGUGUAGUGAUCUUCCAAAAGGAGUGUGUGUUCUUGUGUCUUCCUCUGUGGAUCAUGAUAACGUCCAGUUGGAGGGAGGAUUACGGGCUGUGCUCUUGACAUCACGCAUCUUUAUUGAGCCAUGUGGAAUGGGGCGGUCUCGGCUCACACACUACUGCAGAGCUGACCUACGGGGGCGCUCUCCUGAUUGGUAUAAUAAAGUGUUCGGCCAUCUGUGUGCAAUGGAGGUUGCCAAAAUACGCAGUUCUUUCCCUGUUCUGAGCGCACGAGGACCUGAGACUAAACUCUGAACCCAACGGGGUUAAAUCUAAGACUAUCGUGUAUGAGAAAGAAGGAGAACUGUGAGAGCACAGGUGUGAAUCCAGGGGGACCGUGGAAGUCAGAAGAUGGAAAAGUACGAAUAGUAGAGAAGGUUUUAAACCGCUUCGUUAAUGGGUUUGGGAAUUAAUGAGAAAGAAGACAGUACUGUGUAGAAAAGUAGUUGGACUAUGCAAAAAAAAAAAAAAAAACCCUGUUGUGGGUUUUAAAAGCCAUGGAUGAUUAAUGUGAAAAAGCUUAAGCUCACAAUCAUACUGUUGACGCUGCGUCUAAUCUUGUAUGUGUGUUUUGUUUGUGUGAGUGUUCAUAUCUGUUUGUGUUAAGCAGUGUGUCUGUUUCUUUGCCUUAAAUUCUUUCUCAUAAUCCGGUGUGGGUUGUCAGACACCUCAUUCAUUCUCAGGGUAAAUGUAAACGAGUUUUGCUUUUUUACUUGCACAGAAAUGCAGAACUUGCAAAGAAAA